UUAGCAGCCACUAAAAUGGCAAUUUCUGUUUCAAAGAAGAAAGCUAAGAUUAACAAAAGAGUUGAACAUAAAGAAAGUUUCAUUAUUUCUUCUUUUUUAGCUAAACUUCUAUUUAGGAUUCCAUCUAUAGUCACUGUCUUGAUUCUUAUCUUCUUAUGGUCUUCUUCUACUACCAUUAUUUCUGGUAAAGUAGUACAUGUUUGCAUCUCAUCGCGUAAACUCAAUGAUCUUUAUUGCAUUUCUGCUGGCACUGAACCAAAUCUUGACACCGCGGUUUCUCCUCUCAAUGGUACUUCUCCUUCUGUUUAUGUUGAUCAAAAGGAUACCGCAUCAAAAGAAUCUAGUCCUUCAGACACUCGAAUAGCAAUAGUCGAUGAAAAUUCCACAUUAAUUGAUACCAUCUCAAAUGUUGUUGACGUUUCACUUCAAAAAUCUAGUCCCCUUGACAUCCCUAUUCCGCGUGUCAAUGAUAGUGUCACAUCAAAAGAUAUCACGUCAAAUGUUGUUGAUGUUUCUAGUCCUCUUGACAUCCCAAUUCCGCGUGUCAAUGAUAGUUCCACAUCAAUUGAUACUAUAUCAAAUGUGGUUGAUGUUUCACUACAAAAAUCUAGUCCUCUUGACAUGCCAAUUUCACAUGUCAAUGAUGGUGUUACAUCCAUUCCUAGUGUGAAACAAGAAAGUACAAUAACUGUUGAUUCUUUUUCAGGAAACAAAAAUGUUUCUUUCAGAAACAGUAUGGUUAAAAGUGGUGAUGAGGAACUAAUGAUAGCUUAUAAUGAUGUGGAGGAUCAAUUGCAGGUGCAUCGUUCAUGGGCAGCAACGAGCAAAAAUAAUGCAACUUGCGAUGGCAGGGGAAUUUAUGUGUAUGAUUUACCAAGAAAGUUCAACAAAGACUUGGUAGCUCAAUGUGCAGAUAUAAAUCCUUGGGUCAACCUCUGCAAGUACUUCAGCAACGAUGCAAUGGGCGAACCAAUACAGAAUCUUGGCAAAGGAUGGUAUCAGACACAUCAGUAUUCACUAGAGCUGAUAUUUCAUUCGCGCGUUCUCAAUCAUCCUUGCAGAGUUCACAAUGCAGAUGAAGCAAAGCUGUUUUAUGUGCCUUUUUAUGGUGGACUUGAUAUUUUAAGAUGGCAUUUCAAGAAUGUAUCGAACGAUGUCAAGGACUCGUUGGGAGUAGAACUUGUAAGAUGGUUAGAGUCACAGAAGCAUUGGUUUCAAAAAUCAGGUAAUGAUCAUGUCUUUGUUUUAGGGAAAAUUUCUUGGGAUUUCAGAAGAUAUAGCAAUACCAUAUGGGGAAGUAGGUUCUUGGAACUAGAUGAAAUGCAGAAUCCGGUUAAGCUCUUGAUUGAACGACAACCAUGGCAAGUUAACGACAUAGGAAUACCACAUCCUACUUAUUUCCAUCCACAAUCAGACAAUGAUAUAAUCGCGUGGCAGGACAGAACCAUCAAGUCAAAUCGAAAAAGCCUAGUGUCCUUUGCUGGUGCAGCAAGGCCUGAUGCACCAGAAAACAUAAGGUCAAUCUUGAUCAACCAAUGCACAUCAGCCAAUGAUCAAGAAUGUAUUUUCUUGAAUUGCAAUUUAGGCAAAUGUGAUCAGCCAGAGUCGAUAAUAGGACUCUUCAUGGAAUCUGAAUUCUGUUUGCAGCCUCCAGGGGACAGUCCAACAAGAAAAUCAGUUUUCGAUUCGUUGAUAUCAGGUUGUAUACCUGUGAUCUUUGAUCCCUUUACAGCAUACUAUCAAUACUCAUGGCAUUUACCAGAAGAUCAUAAAAAGUACUCAGUUUUCAUAGAUCAAGAAGAUGUGAGGAGAAUGAAAGUCAAUGUUGUGGAGAGGCUUAUGCAAAUUCCAACAAAAGAAAGAGAGAACAUGAGAAGUUAUAUAAUAUAUGAGUUGUUACCUGGAUUAGUAUAUGGAGAUCCAAAAUCUAAGCUAGAGAAAUAUCAAGAUGCAUUUUCAAUAACUAUAAACAAUUUGUUUCAAAGAUUGAACAAAUUGGAAUUAUGACAGUAUUGACUUGUUAUACAUGUAUCAUACUUUUGUAUUAGGAAAAAUGAGGAUAAAUUAUAAGUUUCUCACUCAAUUUGUUUUUGUUUCGUAGAUAAGUUCAUUUCUAGUGCAAACA